CUACAUCAAUAUUUGGUUGGUCCAGGAUUGCUUUCCUUCCAUUACUCUCUGGAGGUCAUGAAACUAAAUACUCCGUAUAGGGGCUUUACCCUCUCCUACGGCGCGUUCCAAGCCUACUACAAAUCAUAUCUGUUAUCUUCAUCCAGCCACACUGCUAUCUCAUGGAUAGGCACCGUACAAGGAUGGCUCUUGAUUCUCAUCGGUGUACUGUCCGGUCCACUCUUCGACUUGGGCUAUUUUCGCUCUAUGCUGCUCAUCGGGAAUUUCCUCGUUGUUCUCGGCAUCAUGAUGCUCAGCCUUUCCAAGCAAUACUGGCAAGUUUUCUUGUCUCAAGCGGUAUGCAUGGGCCUGGGAGCGGGACUCUUGUAUGUGCCCAGUCUGGCUCUCAUUGGGAUUUGGUUCGACAAAAGGAGAGCACUGGCGAUGGGCAUUGUGAUGAGCGGUAUUGCAGUUGGCGGCGUGAGCUACAUCCUCAUGUUCAAUCGACUCGUGCCAACCGUCGGCUUCCCUUGGACCAUCCGAGCCAUGGGUUUCGUCUCGCUCACUGCAGCCGCCCUCUCCAUACCGACGCUCCUCAGCGGCUCCAGCAUCGUCGUGCGCCCGCGCAAAGCCCGCAAACUCUUCGACAAAACCGCCCUCAAAGACCGUCUAUUUCUCAUUUAUACCUGUUCCACCUUCUUCACCUUCAUCGGAUACAUCAUCCCCUACUUCUACAUUCCGACCUAUGCAAAAGACCGCCUGGGCAUGUCGGAAAGCAUGGCUCUGUACACGCUUGUGAUGAGCGUGGGUGCGAGUUUCUUCGGGAGACUCGCUGCUGGGAUACUGGGACAUUAUCUCGGCAGCAUAUUUUCUUGGAUGCUGUGUGCUCUUGCAGGGGGGAUUUUGAGUUUGACCUGGAUCAGCAUUGAGACGUCGGGGACAUUUAUUGCUUUCAGCGUCAUAUGGGGUUUCUUCUCCGCGGGCCUCGUCACACUCCCUUCAGCCGCCUUCGCCGGUAUAUGUCCUGAUUUAUCUCGCCUCGGUACGCGCCUGGGCAUGUCGAUGAGCGUGUCCAGUGUAGCGACUUUGAUCGGCGCGCCUAUCGCAGGCGCACUCGUCACGACCAAGAGUGAUGGCCGUACGAGCUAUCUCGGCGUGCAGCUCUGGAGCGGAAUCUUCUUGCUGUUUGCGGCGACGUGGUGUUGUGUGCUUUGGGUGACGGCUUGGAAGUUCUUGAAGGCGGGGUGGCGAGUGUGA